UCCAGCAAGUCAUACAGUUUGCAAAAUGUCUUGUGUGGACUAUAGAUGGAAAAUAUUUCUGGGCUCUAUUUUGACAUGCCUAGUUAUUCUGAUCGCAACGGUGGACAGACCCUACACAAAUGUUACAUAUAAUAUUGAACCGCCAGUUAGAGACUUGUCAAGUCAACUAGAUCUACGCUUAUAUUCAGACAUUGGCAAUAUUACUAAACCAGAGACCAAGGAAAAGAUAAUUCUUUUGGCAAAAGUCAUACACAAUGCAAAGAAACAUGUCAGGGGUUCUAAAACAUCGGACUACCUAAAGAUAGCUAUUACUAUAUUAAAUAGCAUACUAAAAGACAUGAAUGUUGACGCGAAAGGACUGUCUGAAAGGUAUAAUGGGAAAUCAGCGCAUAUUUGUUCAGAAACUUUUAUGGGUGGCCAAUUCGGCUUUCCCCUAUAUAAUACAGGAUUUGAGACAGACCACUGUACAAAUGCUACCUCUAUUUCAAAGCUUGUAACCAUAAUUGGGUAUAUAGACGCAAAACCGACCGAUGCUGAAAAUUCAAUGGCUACGCUUGAUACACUUCUAUCUUCUGUAUAUGACACAAUGAAAACUGUGAGGACAUUAAUAAUAACCGAUUCUGCUACAUUUCAAUCUAAUCUGAAAAAGAAAUAUCCCUUGGUAAAUAUAAUUCAGGCAAAGAGUCAGUCAGAAGGUGCAGCUCUUAACAAAUUAAUUAAAGAAGUGAAGACGCCGUAUGUUUUUGUUGCAAGGGAUAUGAGUAUUAUGACAAAUGAUUCUAGAUUAGAACGACUGGUUAGGGAAAUAGAAAGUUUGAAUGUGGUCGCUGCGGGUGGUUCGUUUCGUGAUUCGAAUGGACACUGGAAAAAGGGCUGUUUUCAAACUGUUUACCGAAAUUACACUUUAAAGUAUAUUGAAGGUUAUGACGAAUCUUUUCACGAGUGUCUGUUUUGUGACUAUAUACAGGGACCUUUUGUUACCACUGCUAAAUACCUUAAACUGAACGCGUUUCGAGAUUUCAAUGAAAACAAUGGAUUGUACGAGGACUGGUUUCUAAGAACUGUCAAAGCGGGACAGGAAACAAUAGUAUGUCCAGAUUCAAUGUUUCAUGUUAAUAUCAACACUAUGUUGACAAGUUCUAAUUGGAGACCGUUUGCUCUGGUAUGGAACUUAUUCAAAGUCCUUACUCCAAAAGGGUAUAUAUUUACCAAAGUUUGUGAAAAUCAAAAGAAAAAAGCAAGUAGGGCCUCGCAGGCAUUAUCGCCAUGUGCUUUACAGAUAAAUAAUAACGCCAUUAAAACCAUUAUGCGAACAUGUAAGGAGACAAGUGUCAUGUGUGAACUUGAAGACGGUACUGCCUUAGGUGCUGUAAAGUUAGGUAAAGCUCUCCCGUGGGAGUUCGACUUUGACGUAAGAUUUUUAGCGACAAACUGUUCAAAAUGCCAACAGCUUGAACGUGCCUUAAAAUCAGCAGGAUUAAGCGUUACUCCCUUUGCCAAGUCAUGUUGUACUGGGAAAAGACACAAUGAGAAAAUUUCCUAUAAUAGCAUUGUUUACAAAGGUUACGCAGGUGAUUUUCAUGGUCACCCUAUAAUGGACAGCGACCUGCUCAUCAAAGCCGGUCUGGCUCCAACAAAAGUACAGUUUGACGGACAAUGGGUAAAUGCUCCAAGAAAUCCUGGAAUGUUCGUGAGAAAUAAAUACGGCAAAGAAAUAUAUCAACAUGCUGAACAUUGGAGAUACACCGGAGUUGAUAAAAUGAACCAAAAGCUUCGCUAUAAAACUAAUGCAUUUUUGCCAUGCAAUGAACCAGGUGGCCAUGAUUGUUUGGACAGGUAUAACGCCGAUGGUGACUUGCCAUUCGUUGGAAUGCUUCCGUAAUGUAAUAUUUUAUGCGAGAUUUAAAGCAACAUGGUCCUUCCUUACUGCUUAUUUCGUGCGAUACAUAAAGGGACUUGUCAAGUUUUGAUACUAAUUACUGGAUAUACCUGGAUUGUUAGGCACUGCAACGCAUAAUUCCCAGUACAAAACAUUCCCCGCAGUAGUUGCUUUUAGUUUAAUAAUAUUUCAUUGCAACUAUUACAGACAUGAAUGAAAACAAUACAUAUGUAUACAUAUAUAUAUAGUGUAAAUGAGUCGGGCUACAAGUUUUAACAACAUUAGCGACAACCCUCCCCAGUAUCUGCUUAAGGAUGUACGAGCUUUUUUUUUCAGGAUAUCCGCCAUUUUGGGUGUGGUUCUGAUGCUUUUCUGACUGAUAUAUAUAUAUAUA